GAAAUAUCCAUGUUCAUUUGAUUUGAGAAACGUCGUUUUUUGCCCUCUCCUAUAUAUCCGCCUCGGUCCCGCCUCUUCCCUUUCGCCCCCUAAUUCAGCGCAGCUUGUUUGUAAUUCCGCCUCAGGUUCCCAUAAUCGCCACACGUGCUCACCAUGCCUUCAUCAAAGCCGCACCCUCUAGAGCGGCCCGGGCUCUUCCGCCUCAUCGUCGAAUCACAAGCCUUUUCGGGUGUAAAGUUCAUCGAGUUGGCCCUGAUGAACAAGGCCAUAUACCAACUGGCAUUCCAGGAACGCCUACGCUACAGGAUCAAGAACAUCCCUUUCAGACACUUCGGCAACCCACUCUGUCAAGCCAUCAGUGCGGACCGUCCCGAUCUGCUCGAGCAUGCCCUCCAACUCGGUGAGUUCGACCGCCGGGAACAAGCAAUGACAUCUCGGAACGGCCGUUACCUGAUGGACGAGACGGGCUCCGCCGUCCACGACCUCCUAGAAAUGUGCGUCCACAACGGCGCCCGCCGCUGCCUCGCCCUCCUUCUCAAACUCGGCGACACCCACGGCCGCCCCUACCGCUACGGCCGCGAAUGGCUCUACCACACCGCGCGCGAAGUCGCCCUCACCAAGGGCAAACUCCAAUGCCUCUUCUACCUGCACGACCACGACCACGAACGCGGCCGCCACCUCCCCUCCCCGACCCAACUCUACACCACCCUCCUCGCCCGCGCCCGCUCCCCCGCCAUCGUCACCUGGCUCGCCCGCCGCCUGCCCCCCGCACCGCAGACCAACUACCGCUCCCUCCUCACAACCCACUGCGGCGACCUGCACUCCCAGCCCGCCGCCAUCGACGCCCUCGCCCAGCUCGUGCCCCCCGCCGAGCGCCGUUUCCUCGCCCCCGCCCUCUGCGCCGCCGCUUCCAUCGCCCACCUCGCCGCGCUGGAUAUCCUGCUCCGCCGCGCGAACGCCCAGGCUUAUGCUGCCUGCCGCGCGGCGGGUGAGGCCUACUCGUCGGCGGGGGCGAACCCGCUGUUUUGUGCGCUCACGCACCCGUUGCCGGGGAGGCCGUCGGGGGCGGUGUUGCGGGUGUUUCCGUCGGCGGGGGAGGAGAGGGAUCGGGAGGAGUGGGCUGAGGAGGGGGAUGGAUGGGUGAGGGGCCAGAUGCAGUUAAGGAUGACGUGGCGGGAUCGGGUGAGGCGGGUGUUUGUGGUGUUGUAUCUGGUGGUGCAUUACCUCGGGGUGGAUGCCGUUGGGGAUGAGUUUCGGGAGAGGGAGGAGUGGGGGUUGAGGGAUGAGAUGCUGGAUUGUGCGGCGGUCAUCUAUUUGUUUCAGUUGAGGGUGUAUUUUCUGGCGAAUCUGCCUUGGUUGUUGGAGUGUAAGCCCGCGUUGAGGGAUGAGUUGCUGGUUCCUGUUAGGAAGGGUAGGUCGACGACGGCACCGCCUGUUUGGGCCAGAGCUGGUUUCAUUUUCAGUGCUGCUGCUAUUGGUGGCGAUGGAACGCGGAUUGGUGCUUCUCCCGAUGAAGAGGGAGAGGAGUUGGUUGGCCUGGGCGAGACGAAGCCGAUUUACACUUGGCGGAAGGGCACGAGUGGGAAAAGGGCGAUGGCGGUGACCAAGGCGGAAAGAGUGGGUUUGACACAGCACAUGGUGGCGAUAUGGGAGGUUCUUCUUACGCCGACGACCACGCGGAUGGCAGAGCGCUAUCUGAAGAUCCGGGGUAAGAAUCUGGUUGGACGUGCUCCGAUGGCGCUGCUGUGGGACUUGCUCGUGGCGGAGGAGCGGACAGCCCCGCUUGGAUCGGACACGGAGGAAGAAGAAGAGCGCUGGAAUUGGACAUUCGAUUCGAGCUAGUAGGGGAAGCGUUUCGGUCGGAGAAGCUUGAGAGGUGGGCAAACUAAUCUUUGAGUGCUAAGGGUUAGAUGCCAUGCUGCUUCCAGAUGACGUGUUCUUUUCUGUAAUUAAAUAUAUGACAUGACAAACUCUCAUAACGCACUAGAACACCGAGAUUUACCAUUGUUGAUCGGG